UCUCUCUCUCUCUGCCCCCCCAACUUCCAUCUCAUCUCAAAGCCUUCCUUUUUUUCUUAUUUUCCUGCUUACUCUUUCCUCCUCCAUCCGAUUCGUCGCCUACCCAUUGAUCGGCGUCGCGAGACGGGGCUCAACGUACGUUCGUCUGAGCAACUGGGUCGUCUUCAGCUUUGCGGGUCCACGUGCUUUAACGAAGCUGUCGGUUUGGUUUUUGGUUCGACUCGACACGGUGCAUUCCGGAUCGGUCGUUCUUGAACUUGGAGGAGGCGUCUUCUUGAUCAGUUGUGUCGUCAGUAAUCGAUGCUAGUCAGAAAAAUCUCAGCUUGAAUCAAGAUUUCUGGAACCUCUCUCGGUUGCUCUUGACCAGCUUGCGACGUUGCUUCUGAGAGAGGUUGGUAGUGAUCGGAAACGGGGUUUCGAAUGAGGAUAGGGGCGAGGUUAGUGGAUCAGGGCAUGGACGGGACGUCGGUCGGGCACGUGAAUCAUAGCAGGGUUGGGUAUAUCAAUGGGGUUAUCAGGAGGAAGAGGUGCACCAGGAGGAUCAAGCGACACCGCGCCCUGCCGUUCUCGAUGGCCCUGCAGGAUCUGUUCCUCGCUUGCCGGGAUAUCUUCAAAGGCCCCGGCACGGUCCCUUCCCCGGAAGACGUCCAAAGACUACGCCGCAUUCUCGAUAAGAUGAGACCGGAGGAUGUCGGAUUGAGUCGGGAUCUUCAAUUUUCCCAGCCUAAAAGCACAACCAAAGGGACGCCGAGAGUCACGAACACCACCAUAUACAAAUGCGAUAAUUUCUCGUUGUGCAUGUUCUUCCUUCCUUCAGCUGGUGUCAUCCCCCUCCACAACCACCCAGGAAUGACCGUUUUCAGCAAACUUUUACUAGGAUCAAUGCACAUCAAAUCAUACGAUUGGGUUGACCCCCACCACUUAUCAAAUGGUUCGACAACAACAUCCUCAAAACUUAAACUGGCAAAAGUGAAAGCCGAUGGAGUCUUCACGGCUCCGUGCAACUCUUCCGUUCUUUAUCCGACGACGGGAGGCAAUAUCCACGCAUUCACGGCAAUAACACCGUGUGUGAUACUCGAUGUCCUCGGACCUCCUUAUUCCCAAGAAGAUGAUCGCGACUGCUCAUAUUAUAGGGAUACUCCGUCCUCUACCAAUGCUGCUUUAAAUGGCGACAUGAUUCGAACUAAGGAGGACGGCGAGAGGUACGGCUGGUUAGAAGAAAUCGACAUGCCGGAGAACUCGCAGAUGGAUUCGAUCGAGUACUUGGGUCCGCAGGUCAUCGAGAGCGGUCACUAGCCACCUGAUGGGAGAUUCACACAGAAACGUUGUUUUUUUUUUUUUGGUUGUUCCAGGGUGCAUGGAAAGAUGUUUCCUUUUCCAUAAUGUAUUUUGGAACUGAGGCCUGUGGGUGUAGAGUUUCGCUUUGAAGUUUCUAUAAUGGUGGUAUAUA